UCGUUAUCAUUGUUCUGAUAAUAAUACAGACAAUUGGCCUCAAAUAAUCGGACAAAUAAUUAGAUAGUUUCAUUUAUCUGGGUUGUCUUACAAAUCAUCAUAAGUUGGUUAUAAAAUAUCGAAAACAUUUUUUGUAAAAUAAAUAACAGAUCUUAUUUUUGGAAUAUAAUCAAGAAAUUCACAAACAUUUGAUUAAGAACUUAAUCGCACAAAAAUAAUCAUUUCGCUUUAAAAUUACCAUUGGCUGUGAUAAAAAAUUGAGAAUGGCUAUCAAUGACUGAGAAUCACUGCAAUCUGUCGCCGAUAUGUUGAUGUGUCAUUGAUAAAUACAUAUGUACCUGUAACUUGCGUGUUAUCAGCGUUAACACGCAACUCGCUCACAAUCGAGUCUUCGUCGAAGGCUCCGUUUCUCUGCUCUCGCCAGUUUAUGGCCAGUUCUCUCGUCCAUUCUCUCUCUCUCUCCUCAUUAUUCCCUACUCUCGUCUCGCUCUUUCUCGCACGUUCCUGGUCCCCCCCCAGCAAUUCUCUCUUUCUCAUACUCUACGUACAUUAUACGAACAACUCGUCAGUCAGUACAGAGACAUCGUUGCCGGCGCCUCGUCCAUCUCACUCCCUCCUCUCCUUCUUCCUUUCUCUUUCUCUCUCUCUGUCUCCUUUCCCUAUCCGUUCAACCUCCACCUUCUCUUUAAUCUCUCGUUUAGUUUUCCUUUUCUCGUUAACCGCACCCCGCCUUAUCACCUUUCCCAGGGCCAGCGCUUGUUUCGGAGUUUUAUUUGAACGUUUUUAUCCGCGCGCGGAUUUUCGCUUCGUUCGAAAUACUUCUUUAUUUUGUGUGCGAGAAGAAAAUACCAAGUAUCGCGUUCGUUAACGAUUAAAAUUCGUUAACAAUGCGACGGUGACGGUGACAGUGUCCGAGGUGUGACAACGAUAAAAACUUCUCCCUUUCCUCCACGUUUGCGAUAACGUUAAUCCGUGCAUCAAGAAUACGGUUUCUCGUUCAGUAAAUUCGUCUCGAAACACAUGCGUCCUUAGAAGGCGAGCGUUGUACAACAAACCAGCAUGGAAUCGAAGGAGGGAGUCUUCGAUAGCGAUAUCUCGGAAACGGAUGUGCAGCAUAAUCGGGAUUCGUUUAAGAGUGACGGGAAGGAAGCGAAUGCAGAAAACGUGCGGGUUCUGUCGGUCGAUAAAGUUACUGUCGAAAAAAUUGUCCUCGAGUCUUCGAACGGAUCGCGAGAAGUAUUGCUGACGAAGAACGAGACUUCGAGAAAAUUGUCUCUGAGUUCGGAGACGAAAUCGAACGUUGUCAAAUGUGUGAAAGACGAGCGGCAAAAAUCAACGUGUAACGAUAGAUUUCGGGUAUCGAUACCGGAAGACGCGUUUACAAAAUCGAAAAAUAUCGCGUCGGCCAGCCAGUCGAAGCUUCCCGUUCCGAAGAGUCGGAAGAACAACGGCGUGACAAAUAUUUCACGCGAAGAAAACAGGAUCAAACCAAUUAAAUUUGUUAAAAGCCCAUCUGUCGGUAGCGCUGUUACCGAAGGUUCGAAUACGGCGAAUGCGAUCGUGAAGAAAAGCACGGUGCCUCCGAAGAUACCGGAAAAAUCUCUAACUAAUAACAAGCAUAAUUCAUCGUUGGUAGCGGCUUUGAACUCUUCCACGAAAAUAGAAUCCUCGGAAGAUUUAUCGUCGAAGGAGGAAAAAGUUGUUGACAGGAUAGCGGCUGAGGUUAAGCAAGCGCAAACUGAACAAGAAGUCGUUUUCGAGACGGAAAAUACUACGGACGAUAAGAAAGGCGAUAUAAGCUCCGCCGAAAUUGAGAGACGCAGUGAGACAUUUGAAUCUAUCUCAAAGGUAAACCGCAAACGUGAAUCGGACGAGAUCGAGAAGCAAGACGACGAUGUUGAGAGUCGCGGAGGAAACGCGGGACUUGACAGAGACGUGCAGGAUCGCCUGGAGAAAAGUCAGGCGACUAUCGAGGAUCUUCAAAAGAAUCUGAGCACCAAGAUUCAUGCCAGCACCGCGCAAAGCUACAAGGAGAAACUAUUGGGUCUUCAGGCGAAUUAUGCUUUAAAGCCGGCUGCCGCGGAGUCGAAUUGCAGUGAGAGAUUAAGUUCCGGAUUCGACAAGGAUUUUCUCGAGAGGCAUAACCUGGAUAGACGGUUGAAAAUUGAGGAGAGGAGAGUGUUGGAAACCGAUCUCGAUUACACGUCCGAAAACGAGAGAGCCAGCGAGACUGAUGAGCGACCAUCCAGGAGGAUCGACGUCAAGCGAAAGUACAGCGAGAAGGUGACGGAAGUGGAGAAGAGGUGGUCCGGGGAAUUUCUGGAUAAUCGCUUACAACGGAACUCCUCGGAAUCUUCCAAGUCGUCUUACAUCGAAGAAUUCGGCAGCGUGUCUUCGCGCGAGAGUAUCGUCGAGGAUCGCGACGCCCGGGUGCUCUUUGACCGGAAGCAUCCGGAAGCGAAGUUCACGGAGAGGCAAGCAUCGAUCGAUGAAUCGAAGAGACAAACUUCGGAGGAGAUUCUUGAGAAUAGUACGGUGAGCACUGUCGAUUCCGACUCGUGUCUCGAGGAUAGAAUCAAGGCAGUCGACGAGGACAUCGCCCAGGUGACGAACGAAAUACAGACGGAUGAUAAUGACGAUAUUGACGGAUCCGAUCAAGUUUAUCGCGACGAAAAGGACGGAGAUUGCGUUCGGUGGAGUGAAAAAGUAGAGAGAGCCGACAUAAUUCUCACGACGACGGCGAUAGUUCACGGAGAUCUAAGUUCGAGGGAAGAAAAUAUCGAAAGCAACGCAACUGGCGAUCCGAAUUCGCGCGAAGUGGCUACUAACCGUAAAAAGAAUAUCGAAGAAGCAAGAAGUGAGAUACUUCUUACUAAUAGAAAGAAUCUUUCAACUGAAAGGAGGAAUGAUAAAACUUUCGAUUCUUUUACGAUAGUUAAUUCGAAGGAAUCUAUCGAUCCGACGACUUUUGUUGUUCGAAGUCAUCGCGGCGUGGACGGUUACGCAAAUCUUAUAAAAGAAUUUGCGAUGGAGGCGGGAUCGUCCAAGGUGAAGAAGGAGGAGAAGCAGAAGAAGAAGCUCGGCUUUCGCCGUCUCUUGCCAGCUAUAUUCUCUCCGAAGGAUUCUCGAAAAGAUUAUAAGAAGAAGGAGCAGAAAGAGCGAAGGAAAUACGACGAGCGGCACUUCGCUCGUUAUCAGCAAAAUGGAAACUACACGAGAUCGCCGGACACGAUGAACCUGAACGAGGAUAUCAAGAGAAACGUCAAGCUGGACAACAGUUUAAACGGCUCCAUCAUCGAGGAGAGAUUGGACGAGAUUAAGCGCGAAUUGUUUCCCGAGCAGGGGCCGAUCACCAGUACGCCCGAUCAUUUCUUGCAGACGGAUGAUACACGGCUUCUUCGCGACAGAACCAGGAAUCAAAGGUCAUAUACCGCCAACUCCAGUCUCAGCUCGAUUGCGCCGGACGAAAGAUGGCUGGAGCGAAGCGGACAGUUCGGCAUCUCGCCUGACAUUAGGAAGUACGAGCAAAGACAGAGACGCGAAGAGCAAGACAGCCAGCGAUACGGUCAUCUGGAGCGUAAACACAGUCUGCAAGAACCGAAUCACAGCGGACGUGGUCUCUUCCAGAAGAAUCAUGCUGCUUCCGGUCGAAUCUCGGCGCCGCCUAGCGAGCGAUAUUUCACACGGUCGCGAGCUAUUCAUCCCGUCGACAGGCCGCUGCCCGAGAUCCCGCAGUCGCGAAUCGAGCUGUCGAAUUACGAGAAUUACCAGGACGGGAUUGAUCAGAUGUGCGACAAUCUCAGCGGUUUGGAUGUUGCCGAUAACGUGAAUUAUCGGAAUCAAUCCGAGCUUUAUCAGAACGAUAGGAAUCUCGAGUCGGGUCUGAUCCACAACCCACCGCAAUCGGUUCCCGCGCAAGUUAAAAUCACUCGACAACCGAUUGUAAAUCAAAGCCAGAGGGCGCCAUUGAUCGGGAGAAGUUCGAAGUAUCCGUCGUCCGGUUCCAGUCAGAAGUCCGGCGAUUCGAGUUGCACGCCUAACUCGAGUCAAAAGAGCGAAUUCUCGCCCACCAGCUCGAAGAGUGGCGAGUACUAUUUAAACUCGCCUCGUAGCAGCACUCGAACUUCGCCUAUCGACAGGCAGGUCUUCGAAGAUGCGCGUGAAAGGGUUUACGAGAAUGAAGGUCAGGUACCUUCUCAACCGUCUGAUAACUAUAUUCAAGAACACGUUUAUGAUGAAACUCCGUCGUGUCGCGAGGAACAUUUUCCGAGUACGGAAGCAACGAAUCAUAUAGCAGAAAAUUUGGAAAAGAAAGAAGACGAUCUAGUUUUUCAACAGAAAUGUUUACCGAGUCAGCAAUCGCCUUCAAAAAAUUGUUCCUUCCAAUGUUGCGAAGAUAAUGAAGGUGCACGAACAGAGUCGAGGCGAGAGACCGAGAAAUUGCGGGAUGAUUGUUUGAAAAAUUACGAGAAUGCUAAUACAAAUAUGAAGAACGAUUCGUGCAAUCAAGUCGAAAGAACGUCCAUUCAGAGUGUAUCACCGUCGAAAACUGGCAUGACAAUAGCGACAUCUCCAUCGACGGGAUCUCGAGCCAGGAGGUCGCAGCCCGAUGAUCAAAUCCUGAUAGCUUCGCCCAAGCGAGAGACCAUCUGCCAAUCUCGAGUUCCUCGACCAUCGAACGAGGCCAGGUUCUGCGACACGGAAUCACCCGUUCCCAUAGUUGAUUCGCGCGAGGGUAUUUCUGGCAUCGUUCCAAUCGAAGUGCGAGAUCAGUAUGGCAGCCAGAAUUCUCCCAUCACAGGAACGGGGAGAUCCAAACAAAGAACUGCAUUGUCCUGCGGUUUUCCGAAAGGCAUCUCGCGUCCCGAACCAAUUUACGGACAUCGCGGACAGCCGAGUUCGUCUCGUAACAACACGAUAGCUUCGGAGAUAAAGCAGGGAUGCGAGAACGAACAGUUGUCGCCACGCGGUCCAUACAGUCCGAAUGAAUCAGGUUGCGACAUCGACGGGAGAAUAGCUCGAACUCGGAAUUCGACGUCGCAGAGUCCGCAGUCGUGCGUCACGGAGACUAAACAAUUGUUUAAUGAACCAGAGAGAAGAGUAGCACGAUCCCCGAUACGAGAACCGUCGAACGUGGCUCAAGAUAUCCAUCAACAACGACGACACGACGCCGCUCAGCAACAACGAACUUCGUUUACAACGGAAGGUCAGCAGUCGUCGCUGAUUGCGAACCAGGACAAGAUGUACGUAAGCGCGAGUUCGCUUCAGCGCGAGCCGAUUUACGCGCAACGUCAACGACAGCAACCGCAGCAACAACUACAUCAACCGCAGCAACAACCGCGACAAGGCCAAGAGGCGUACGUUCCACGAGUCGCCGACGCGACGUGUGGUCAGCAAAGUCAUCCGCCUUGCGGUCUAUUGUCGCCCUCGAAACAAGAGACCAGGCAACAUUUGGAAGCAUUUUAUUGGCAACAAAAGGCUCUGGAGGCGCACCGGAAAUCGGCCAUCUCGUCUGCGAAUGCCGGUCCAAGACAGAUCGCGCCGAGGAUCGAUCUGCCGGAAAUGAGAGAGGCGGUGUACUGGCAGCACUUGAAGAAACUGGAUGCGGAGCUGCAACGACGAAUUUACGAGCAAAACCUAAUGGAGGACGGGCUGUAUGAAACGUACCAGAAGAUCGGAAGUCCUAUGAUGUCGACCACGUUACCGAUUCAAGCGUUCAGUUCUACGGCGUUUGGCUCUGUCAUUCACGGGGACGGAUCUUAUUGGGGCAACGUGCAGCAGCAACGUCCCAAGAUAAGCCCGACUGGAAAGCCGCCGUUGAUGCAACCUCAAAAGGGUCAGAAUCAACCGGUAUUGAUAGUCCGGCCGCAGCAGGCCCUGCGGGAUCGUCAAGAAAUGUCGAUAAAGCCCAUAAGCCCGCGCGAUCCUACGGGAUGCGACUCGCAAAGAUCGAAGAGCGCCUCCCCGCAUUUCCACAGAGGAGAAAUUGAGCGUACCAGUUUCCACGUGACCUGCAGAAAACCAGUUCAGGAUAGGAGAAACGGCGCGACUUCACCGACAAGAAAGUCGGAAGUCGGCGGAGUUCACGAGGAAGACGGCAACGACGGCGAGGUCAGACCUCGGCCGCAUCCUAUAUUUAAGAGAGGAAGCUUGGUAGGGGGAGACUCGGUGGAGUACGGAAGUACAGGCCCCAAGAGGGUGAGCUUCUCCAAUCAACCGAACGCCGGGCCGGAUUUAGCGACAGGCAGCUGGCCGACCAAGCAUGGCACGGCACCCGAACCGCCCACCAGGCGACACAAAAGCGAGGACAGCGCGUCGGAUACCGACUCGGUGUUUUUGCAUCAAGAUCGACACGACGGAAUUCAGAACGUUUCCUACGUCACUCGUAACGCAGAUCCGUCCUCGAGAUGCCGCUCGGAUGGCAGUUGCUCGGAGCAGGAAUACGACGCGAACAGACCUUUGCCCCCUGUCCCCAAGGACUCCUUGAUAAUCUCUCGUCGUGGACACAGUGCCAGGAAUUAUGUCUGCAACGACGCCCGAUGGAACAACGAGGAGCAGCGUCGGCGAAGGCAGAGUGAAUUUACGCACGAUAAUCCAACCAACAAAUUGUACGACAUAAAACAUAUUGACUAA